UAUUAUUAAUAAUCGAUUGCAAAUUGAAAUUGUGAGAAAAAUGGGGUUUGUUGCUCUCACUAGUAAAUCCUUCUUCACCAGCAGAACCCAGCUUCCUUGGUUUUCAUCAGAGAGAAGAAGAAGAAGACCAACAUCGAGAACCCUUUAUCUGAAUCAAAGACCCAAGUUCGUUGCCUCACGUUCACAGGAAGAAGAAGAAGAAGAAGAACCCAUUCAACUCAACAGCUACGACCAGAUGGAACUCAAGUUCGGUCGCUUACUUGGAGAGGACCCAAAACUCACCCUUGCCAAGAUAAUGGGAAGAAAGGCCAAUCCUGAUGCUUCUUAUCUUGAUAUUGAGAAAGCCUUUUAUAAUAAGAAGGGUAAGAAGGGUAAAUUUGUAGAAGUUGAAGAAGUUCCAUUUGAAGGUUCUAAGGAAAAGAAGUUAUCAAAUAAAUUGGAUGACGUGGGUUUGGUGCGACCUGUGAUGAAAGGAGCAAAAUUUAAACCUGAACCUGAUGAUAACAAAGUUGCAUUGGAGAUUAAGAAACCUGGCCAAGCUGAAAGUAAGACAGGGAAUGUUAAAAAGAGUAGUGUUCGUAAUGUUAUUCUGAGAAAGCCAUUUGUGUAUAAAGAGGAUGAUGAUGAAGACAUGUCCUCGAGGUUCAGAAUAAGACCGAAUUUGUCUCUACAAAUGCGGAAUGAGCAAGCAAAGGAGAAGUUUAGUGAUAUGAUACUAUUGAGGAAGCCUGAACCAUCAAUUGCCAAGGAUGAUGAUACGAACCAAGAGCCUUCUUCUCAUUUGGAUGACCAAAGGAACAAUGAUAAUGAGUUAAAGAUGAGGGGAGAAGAGCCGCGUGAUGAAAUUGGUAACUUGACCUUGUUGGAACAGCCACGCAAACCAAGUGGCAGAAAAGGAGAUGAGCAGCUUGGGGAUGCCAAAGUCAUAGUCCCAAAUGAUGUUUCGGAGCAACAUGAUCAGAGACAUCUAGAGUUCCAUCAGAAGCCGACUGAUUUAAGUCAACUGUCUGAUUUAAAUUCAGUUGAUUCUGGAGUGGAGUUGUCUGGGGAAGCUGCACUACAGGGAAAGCCGAAAAGAUUAGAUCAAUAUGUGGAACAAACUUCAAAAAUUGUUGGAGAAGAGACUUCUUUCCGUAAUCCUGAAGGUCACAGGAACAACGAGGAAUUAGGGAAUCUUGUUUUUAUGUCAGAUUUUCAGGAAGGCGGAGAUGCUGAUUGGACCAGGGCAGAAGAGUUGAGUAAGACUGGAGAUAGAGAAGAUGUGGAACUAGUAAGCUGUAGUACCAAAGGUUUCAUUGUUUCUUUUGGUUCCUUAUUAGGAUUUCUGCCAUACCGUAAUCUUACUUCCAAGUGGAAGUUCUUAGCUUUUGAGUCAUGGUUAAAACAGAAGGGCUUGGAUCCGCCAAUGUACAAGCAAAAUUUAGGCACUAUUACAAGUGAUGAUGCUGAAAAUAAGAAUUUUUCUCCUAAUUUUCCUCCAAAUCUGAAGAUUGAUAAUACAGUUGAAGAGAAAAUUUCACCAGAUAUGAAAUUGGAAGAUCUGCUAAGGAUUUAUGACCAAGAGAAAAUCAAGUUCUUAUCAUCAUUUAUUGGGCAGAAAAUUAAAGCAAAUGUGUUAUUGGCAGACAGAAAAUUGAGAAAGCUCAUAUUGUCAGUGAAACCAAAAGAGAAGGAAGAACUAGUUGAGAAGAAGAGAAAUCUUAUGGCUAGACUUCAAGUCGGGGAUAUAGUGAAAUGCUGCAUCCAGAAGAUAAGUUACUUUGGAAUUUUUGUUGAGGUUGAAGGAGUUUCUGCGCUAAUUCAUCAGUCAGAAUUAUCAUGGGAUGCCACUUUGAACCCAACAUCAUAUUUUAAGAUUGGUCAGGUUAUAGAGGCAAAAGUUCAACAAUUAAACUUUGCUCUUGACCGCAUAUUUUUAUCAUUGAAGGAGGUCAUGCCUGAUCCAUUGACGGAUUCCUUAGAGUCUGUAGUUGGGGAUCAUGACCCCUUAGAUGGGAGAUUGGAAGCAGCUCAAGCAGAUGCAGAGUGGUCUGAAGUGGAAUGCCUUAUCAAAGAAUUGCAAAAGGUUGAGGGAAUCCAGUCUGUUUCAAAGGGCGGUUUUUUCAGAAGCCCCGGUUUAGCUCCAACUUUUCAGGUUUAUAUGGCAUCCAUGUUCGAGAAUCAGUACAAGUUGCUUGCUCGAUCUGGAAACAGAAUACAAGAGGUGAUAGUUCAAACUUCUUUAGAUAAAGAAAGGAUGAAAUCAGCUAUUAUGACUUGUGCGAACAAAGUGGAAUAGUCGUGGAUUGUGGCUGUAAGCCUGUUGUUGCUUGAUUUUUGGCGAUUGUACAAUCUUUCGGGGAGUGCAGGCUGCAAUCGAAGGAGCAUUUCAAGUUAAUUAUUCAAGAGAUUCGUGGGGAGGAUCAAAAUUUUCUUUCCUGUAAAGUCUUCGUAGGGGGAGCUGUGGUUACAUAUUUUGAAUCUUUCCCUUGGUUAAAGUGGUGCCAUUUUUUUUUUAAUUUUUUAAUUUUUUGUUUUACCGCUACCAUACAAAAUUCUUAGACAACUAUUGCAUGUAGUAACUCUUUUUGGUAAUUUCCAUAUUCAAAAUUAAGGCUAAAAGCUCAAAAUUAAUAAGAAAAC